UGCCAGGGUUAAGCGUCAUGGGGGAUAUAGCCUACUUUGCAGGUUUUCAAGUGUAGCAUGUAGUGUAUUCAUGUCUUCAAAUACUGCAAGGAUUGUAGUGAAAGAAAAUUACUGGAAUUAAAGGUAAAAAUCCUGGAUAUGACGUGUCUUGCAGAAAAAAGUGUGGAAAAUUGACAAGUGAUUUGAAGAUUGUUUUAUCAAAUUCCUGAAAAAUGCCUACCAAAUUGGUGAAAGAGAUUGCAACAUCCACUUCCUAUUCUUCCUUCUUUGCUCCUGUGAACUCUCAUUACGAUAAAGGAAGGAAGAAGAAACGGAAAAAGAAUGCCAGAAACAAGGCACAGCAAGUUACUGUCACCAUCAAGUCGCUGGAUCGACCCAAAUCAGACAUUGGCUUAAAAUUGGACAAGUCCUUCAGUAGAACCAAUACAUGUGACAGCUUGAGCUCCACAAAACUCCCCUUCAUUUACAGUAGAACCCCGCCUAGUCCCCGGUUACUGACUCCUUUAAAUCGGUCACCGCCAGCUCUGUCUGUCAACAGUGUCCCCACCGCCUGUGAGCGGAGGAAAAAACUCCCACUCUUAGCUGCCAUAAAGCCAGACAACGAGAAAGCGGAGAAGGAGAGAUUCAUGCGUGCCAACUUUCUGUAUAAUCCGUACUUUGUGUAUAAGUUUCCUGCUGAGCCUGAAGUGUUAGAAAAGUGUAGUCAACCCUCUGAUCGUUUUAUAAAUGAGGCCAUAUUUAUCAUGGAAAAUGCACUAGAGAAAUAUGGAACCUAUGAGGAAUUUGAGGUGCAGACAGGGGGACAAGUUUUAGGGAGACCUCAGAUAUUGAAUAUCAUCAAGAGGUACCUGAAGCGUGAGGAGCUAGAGGAUGACAUUAUCCUGAACCUGACAGAUGAGCUGCUGUCCCGAGGAUCAAUGACCAGAAACAAGGGGAAACCUCAGCUUAAUGUCAGGACGGUCAACCUGAGAGAAAUGUGGGUGGAGGGACUACUACGCCAUGAAUUAGGUACGCACCAUUUGAGAAGUGUAAACAACAGAUAUCAACCAUGGAGUAACUGUAAGGUACGGAAGGACAUGGGGCUACGAUCCAUGAACCCAACAGAGGAGGGACUUGCAUCCCUACACAGUGUUCUGUUCCGUAAAGACCCAUGUCUGUGGCGGGCGGCAGUGUUGUAUUACACCGUUUACAAAGCCUCACAAAUGUCUCUGAAAGAGGUGUUCAAAGAUCUGGGUCAGUAUGUGCAAGAUCCGAACGUCCGCUGGGAUUACUGUAUACGAGCCAAAAGGGGCCAGACAGAUACUUCAAGACCAGGUGCAUUUUGCAAAGAUCAAGUUUAUCUGGAUGGAGCUCUGCAGUUGUUGAAGCACAGAAGACAUAUAGACUUCCAGUUGUUGAUCCGACUAGGGAAGAUUGCCUGGCAAGAUAUCGAUAUACUGCGCCCUUACGCUGAGCUACAAGAUACCCAGGUUCCUUUCUUCAUGGAAGACAUGACCGCCUACAGGAAGCACUUGGACAGAAUAGCGGAAGCCAAUGGCCUAACAGAUGAAAUCUUAACGGCUAUAUGAUCUAAUCCAUGAAGAUUGCAGCUGAAAUCCAUGUGUCAAAUAUUUAUAGAGAACUUGUUGAUUAUUUUAUUUUUAUGUUGAUAGUACACGUAAUUACAUCAAACAUUUUUUUUGGUUUUAUUAAUGUUAUGCUUUUUAUUUUAAUUGUUUUGAUAUUGUUGAAUAUAAAAUAUAUAUAUUUGCAUAUUAAUUGCGUGUAUUGUACUUUGGGAAGAGGAUGGGUCUGCCAAAUGAUUUUCAGCUCUUCAAAAUGGAGAUGAUAUUUUGCCUAAUGUAUAUUGGGGUAACUGUUGGUUUGUUACUGUAAAUUCCUAAUUAAACGCGAGGAAUUAAUAUCCGCGUAAAAGAAGAAGAGAGAAGCCCCUCUUGCGAAUUCUAAAAUCUCGCUCUUAAUUAUGGGACACAUGUCAACUACAUGAAACUAUGAUAAAAUUUUGGCAUUCGCAAUUUUAUGUUCUCGCAAUUUGAUGGAAAAUCAUUGAAUCGGGGAAUUAUGUACUCGCGUAAAAUAAGGAAUCUACAGUAUACAGUAUUUAGGUAGUUUAGAUAAGAAGUUCCAAUUGCUUGGCUCUGCUGGAAGCAGGAACAUUAUUGUCAAUCAUUAAAAGUGCUAUUUGAUGAGAUUUAAAAUGUUGACUUCACAGAUAAAAACAUUUGUAGGAUUAUCUGAUAUAAUAAUACCUAGCUUGAAUCUAAUUCAACUGUGAAGAAACCUUUAGGGUUUUAUAGUGUGGAAGACCAUAACUAUAUUUUCAAUAUAGGUACUUGCCUAGUAUGCCACGAGUUUUUUUGAAAGUAAGAUGGGGACAGAUUUAUCUUUAUACAAGUUUUGUUAUCCAGUUUUAUGUGAGAUGUGUUGCAUAUUUCUGGAGUGAAAUACAGUAAAACACGGUUAUAGCGAACACGCUUAUAAUGAAUUGAUGCUUACAGCGAAGUGAAUUUCAUUCCCCAAGUCUGUAUUUCAUGUUGUAAACUUGACGGAUAUAACGAAUUACGCUUAUAACGAAGUUAAAUUGUCCGUCCCUGGGACUUCGUUAUAAGCGUGUUUUACUGUAUUCUUU